UCUGUGCGCGUCCUCGUGAAAGAGUGUGUUCAGAGAAGAGCAGUGUUCCUCAGGCUCUGUUUUUCUGAUAUCAAUCACUUAACAUGGAUUGCUCCGAAGAGGUGCAGUCACUUUCGGAUGAAACUGGCACUCCGGUGCAGUUAAAGAAGGGAAUGUCGAUAUUUUUAGACAUCUUGAGAAGAGCAGAUAAAAAUGAUGACGGGAAGCUGUCUUUUGAAGAGUUUAAGGCUUAUUUCUCAGAUGGAGUUCUGUCAGGAGAAGAAUUGAAGGAGCUUUUCCAUAAGAUUGAUACUCAUAAUACAGACAAUGUGGACACAGAAGAGCUAUGUGAAUACUUCUCUCAGCAUCUUGGAGAAUAUGAAAAUGUCCUUGGUGCCUUAGAAGACUUGAACAUCUCUAUAUUGAAGGCUAUGGACAAAACCAAAAAGGAUUACCAGGAGGCCACAAACCUGGAGCAGUUUGUGACUCGGUUUCUGCUGAAGGAGACGACGAGCCAGCUGCAGUCUCUUCAGAGCUCACUGGAGUGUGCCAUGGAGACCACAGCUGAGCAGACACGGCAGGAAAGGCAGGCACCCGUAAAGCCUGAGGUGCUGUCGAUUCAAUGGUCAGGAAGGCGGUCCAAUCGAAGACUCCAACGGAAUAACAGCUUGUCUCCAAACAACCCACUUCUGAGCCUCGUCAAUUCAGGUGUGUAUGAGGAGGACAGUCAGUGGAUGACCCAGAUAAACAGACUGCAGAAGCUGAUCGAUCGCCUGGAGAAGAAGGAGCUGCGUCUGGAGCCGGUAGAAGAGGAGGUCUCAGAAGGCUCCACUAAAUCGCACAUUCUGAUAGUGCAGAGGCAGCUGUCCGUGAUGGAGGACGAGCUGGAGGAGUUCCGCUUGGCUCUGCGGCAGUACGUUGAAUGUGCCAGCGUCCAGACAGGCAGCCUACAUGUUGCAGUUCAGAGGAUUGCUAAUGAGUCUCGCUUCAUACUCUAUGAGUUCUGGGAGCACACCAGUUUGUGGAAGAAUCAUCUGCAGACAAACUACAGCAAAACCUUCCAGAGGGCCAACGUGGAUUUCUUGGAGACGCCAGAGAUUACGACAACUAUGCUAGUACCAGCAUCGUGGUGGGUCCUGAACAACAAUUAGAACCGCAAUAAUUAACGUUCGAAAGGCAACCUAGUUUGUCAUUACUAUGUCUCUGUCCUCUGAUGGAGCAGUGUUGUGUUAACACUUCCUGUGAAGUUGUGGUGAAAAUCAUUGAAUAUCCAUGCUCCCUCAUCUUUAGCUCUUUAAAAUAUGUACGAUCCUAGAUUUCAAAGGCAAUGGCCUAGUCACCAAAAUCGAUGGUUCUCUAUCCACCUUAUUUUUACAUGUGGAAUAAGUUUGUGUGAGAUUUUUGUUUGAUUUAUUCCUUGCUGCAGUGGCGUAGUCAGGAAUUAAUUUCAGAGGGGAAUGAGGAAAUAUGCUAACUAAAAUCACUGCAGGUUCUGUACAAUUAAAUUGAUAAGUAUGAUGUGCUCAUGCUCAUGGAUGUCAGACAGCAGUAGAAGUGGUGCUAUUCUGAACUUGUCAUUUAAUUAUUCAAGGCACGAUCUGCCAUCAACCAAUUUUGCCAUGUUAAUAAUGUUAAUAGGCAUAGGAAAAAAAUACCUUUAUGACAGUUCCGCUGAAAAUAAUUAAACUGACAUGCUAAUAUUUUAACCUGCUAAAUAAGAUAAUGUCUUUCCUCAUAAAACCAGAUCUACCCUUCUUUUUCUCCUCAUGCAAUAUACCUUCAAAACUGUCACCUUGAUAGCUUUCAAAGAGAAAUUGGAAAAAUGCAUGAUCCAGAUUGGUCAAUCCUGUUUCUUACUGUUUCUCACAAACUAAGGGAAUAAGUUAAAUAAGGGCUGUUAAAUAAGAUGGAAGCAUAACAAUGACUUUGUUGACCUUUUCUGAAGGUCAUUACAGCUGCAAAAAAUCACUGUGCAAAAUUGGCCAUGCUGUCUGGGUGGGAUGAAUUGCAUUACUCUCCUCUGUCAAUCAGAGUGACACCAGCCAAUCAUGGCCAUGAGCUCAUGUAUGUGGAAGAGGGCAGUUAUCAUUUUUCUCAGUGUGUGUGCAGUGGCGUUGUGACAUAGCAUGAGCAGCAGCUCAAAAAGAUACGGUGGCUUCAUGUAUCUCAGAGGAAGCAUGUGUUAGCCUUCACUCUCCCUGGAUGGUAGCUGUUGUGUGAUAGAGGAGGGCUAGCUAAGAAAUUAGAGAAUGAACAAAUUGGAGAAAAUGGGAUUUAAAAAUUACAAACUGAGAGCACACAACAAUACCAGAAUACUGCACAAUUUUUAUUUAAAUUAUCUUAUUUUCAAUAUUAAAAAAAUCAGAAAAUCUAGCCAAAAAAUAAAUAUAAGUGAAACAAGGUAUGUUUAUUAUUAAAAUUUUGUGAAUUUAAAAAUGUUAGAAAUUACUUAAUUUUAUUGGAACAUUCUAGGUCUAUUCUAACUGAAAAGGCCAAAACCUUUAUUACUCUAAAUAGACACAUGUAUCAUGCCACAUAUUUAUGUUUUAUAGUUAAUGAGUCUUUUAUCUAUAAGCUUAGCAGCUUUACCCUCUAAUAACACUCAUUAAUAGUCCCAAUAUGAUCUUAGAGCGAGCAGUUAAUAAGUUCUAUAAAGAUUUAACUUUCCUUGUUUGAUUGCUAUUCUGUAUCACUUUGUUUUAUCUGUGCAAUAAAAGUGAUUAAACUGAAAUAAAACUCCAGGGGUUCAAAAACUUGCAGUGUGUCUCAAACAGAGUGCCUGUCAAUGCGCUGAAAUCUAAUCAGAGUAAAAUGAUCACAGUGCUGCCGUUCACUGCCGAUCAGCACCUCAUUAAUCUGUGACUCAGUGCUACAGUGAGUGUGAUCCGCAAUGUCCUGUAUGGUUGUAGCUAGGCUGUGUAAGUGUCAGCACUAUAACUACAGUGCUUCCUUAUGUAGCAGUACUUGUGAAUUUUUCAACCCUGAUGACCACAAGUUCUUCCCUCUGCAGUUUCUGUAUAAAGAUUCACUACAGUUGCUGUAUUUUAUGUAGUUUGUCCAUUGUGAAUAAAGAUAAGGCUAUAGUC